UUGUAUAGCUGUUGAAAAACGGUGUGUGUGUGUGUGUGUGUGUGUGUGUGUGUGUGUGUGUGUGUGUGUGUGUGUGUGUGUGUGUGUGUGUGUGUGUGUGUGUGUGUGUGUGUGUGUGUGUGCAGCAUGGAGGAGCAUAGAAGAGGAGCUGCUGUGCAGGGAGCUGUCAACAAUACAAAGGACAUUCGGGGGGAGGAGGAGGAAGAGGAGGAGGAGGAGGACUUCUAUGAGUGCCAGGAAGACCCAGGACAGGAGGAAGAGGAGGAGUCUAAACAGGAAGAGGAGGAGUCUAAACAGGAAACAACGGGCCGUCUAGAGGCCCCCUCUCGGACACAGAGUAGCAACAGAGAGGAGGAGGAGGAGGAGGAGGAGGAAGAGGAAGAGGAGGAAAUUGAAGGAGGAGGAGAAGAGGAGGAUGUGGCCGGAGGAGCAGGGUUGGCAGAAGGAGCUGAAGAGGAGGCUGGUGGAGGGAUGGAUUCAGACUUUGAGUUAGAGGAGGAGGAGGAGGAGGAGAAGGAGGAGGAGAUCAAAGAGGAGGUUAAAAAAACUCUAGAGUUCGAUGAUGAGAAGCUGGCGGAGGCAGAGAAGGACCUCACUGAGGAGGAGAAGGAGGUGAGGCGGAAGGAGAGUCUGGUCCUGAAGGACGAGGGAAACGCUCUCUUCAAAUCUGGAGAGCACUUGGAGGCGGAGCUCCGCUACACGGCAGCGUUGAGGGCGUGUCCCGUGUGCUUCAGCAGAGAGCGAGCCGUUCUGUUCUCCAAUCGAGCCGCUGCCUGCCUCCACCUGGAUCGCAAAGAAUCUGCCAUCGCAGACUGCUCUAAAGCUCUGGAGCUGGACCCCGGCUACGUGCGCGCCCUGCUGCGGCGGGCUCAGCUGUACGAGGCGUCGGAGCAGCUGGAGCAGGCGCUGCAGGACUACCAGACGCUGCUGGAGGCCCAGCCCGCACACCCGGAGGCCCGCGCAGCCUGCAUGGUGCUCACACACCCACAUGGCUCCAUGGAUCUACAGAUAUAGAGCCUGUCUAGAGAUAUAGAGUCCGUCUAGAGAUAUAGAGCCCAUCUACAGAUAUAGAGCCCGUCUACAGAUACACAGAGCCAUCUAUAGAUACACGGAGCCAUCUAUAGAUACACAGAGCCAUCUGUAGAUAGACAGAGCCAUCUAUAGAUACACGGAGCCAUCUAUAGAUACACAGAGCCAUUUGUAGAUAGACAGACCCAUAUGUUGAUAUACAGAAACAUCUGGGUAUACAGAAACAUCUGUAGAACGACAGACCACUCUAUAGAUAUAUUGCUUUAUUAACACAAACCCACACGCAUCUAUAGCUAUACAGACCCAUCUAUAGAUAUAUUGUUUGAUUAAGAAACACCCUCGUGUAUCUUAAGAUAUAUAGCCUAACAAACACACCCACAUGUAUUAUGAUAUGAUGUCUUUUUUUAGACCGCUUUAUAAAUACAUGCACUUCUAUUUAUACCUGUUCAUUGGACCCUCCGCGGGUCGUGUUUCCAUGGCGUCGCCAUUUAGCCACGCUAGAACUUCCGGGCCUGCUCCAAACCUUGGCGCGCAUCGCGGCGCCAUGACCUCUCAUAAUACUAGACACAGAGCCAGACCUAAGCUACGCUGCCCCGCGCGGGGGGUCCGGGGCUCGUCUGGUCGGCGACCGGGUAUAACCUGCCGUAACCGCGUCAGACUCCGAUUGAGAGCGGAUCCGAAAGCCCCAGACUUCCUCCACACAGCACUUGCGAGAUAUUGCCGUUUUGCUGAUGGUUAUCCCAUUCGGCCGUUUCAGAAAUGAAAUGUCUUCGUCGCGGCAGCCCUAUUUAAAUUGUUACACGGUGGCACAGCACCACUCCUACAUGGUUUGGGGAUUUCUGUUUAUAUGCUCUUCUUUACCAUAAACGUACCGUACCAAACCGAAUACCCUCACCGUAGAACUAUGUCUAUAAAUCUAUAGAUAGCUUUAUAUACCUACACAGCUAUAGAUAGCUAUAUUUAUGCAUGAACAUCUAUAGAUAGCUAUACAUACAGAGAAAUACCGGGAUAUAUAGAUAGAUAUCCCGGUAUUUCUAUAUCUCUCUCUCUCUUUGUUUCCAUGU